AUGUUGGUCUGCCAGGAUCAUCUCGCCGCGCGACCAAUAUUCUCAUUUUUCCGACUCAGCAAAAAGAAUGACGGCGCGACCGGCAAACCAUCCGAACCUGUGCCCGUCCUCACGGAAGAUAACCUAUUUCACCCGUUCUCAAAAUCACCGUUUCCGGCGGUUCGUGCAAGGGGUGAAGCGAUACAAUCCCUUGCACCCUGUCCCGUAUGCUCGUCCCAUGAUCACGCACACCCGCACGCGCACAUCGAAGCCCAACCGAAAACAACGAGCUUCGAAUGUCCGGAUUGUGGAUGGCCUACUCAUUGCUCAGAAGAGCAUUGGGCGGAGGACGACGAACACCACGAGAAAUACUGUGCGCGAUUGAGGGAGGCUAAUGAAGAUGAACACGACCUUCGAAGUGGGAGGAAGUUUAGGGAAUUCGAGUUGCCGGGUCCCCAGGGAUUUGAGGAAGCAAUGUCGUUCGCAAAUUGGGAUUUGUUCUGGUAUACCCGUAAUUUCCCGUCAAUGGACACGGAACGGUCACGGCGGCAUGCCAGCAAGCUACUAACGUACCCCAUCACCAUUGGAGGUGCCCUUCAUCAGUUCAGCGGCCUCACUCUAAGCAAUCAGCGGCUGACUCCUGAAGGGAGCCGGUCACUCGCAGCCCUUCGCACUACUCUCCACGUCCCAACUGGCACUCCCGAGACCGAGGAGAAUGCUGUGGGCAAACCUCAGGUCCGCGUAUUUAUCCUAGGAGCACGCGCGGAGUCGUCUCUACCCCCACACGUCUGGGAACAAUUGACUAUGCUCUUCCCAUCAACACACUUUCAUUUAUUCUUCAUCGGUCCACAGGUCUCUCUUCCUAAACCUCCGGGCAGUCAGGCCAAACCCCCGCCAGCAACCCCAGAUCAGCCUCCAGCUACAGAACAAGCUACGUCCGAAACGCCCGAGAAGGAAACCACUGCCAUUGAGGAGAAACCCGCCAGCUACGUCCCCAAUGUAUAUGAACCUCCCACUCCGGCACCCAUAGAGCGCCUCAAGCGCACCCGUGAAUCCAUCGCGCGCUACGGUGUCCCUUCGUAUACGGUUCCUUACACACCUCAACUCACUAUCACCGGUAUGCAAGCAAACUACGCAGAAGUCCACGCCCAAUUCGCCGACACCCUCGAUCCCUACAGUGACCUCUUCUUCCUCUUCUCUCCAGGGUUUGGAUUCCCCUCCCCAACUUCGGUAAAUCCAGACACCAACGAACCCCUCCUCCAAAUCGCUUCGCCUACGGAAUGGGGGCCGGUCCUACCUAUGCUACUAGCAUCGAAAUGCGCGAUAUUCGUGACAGGGUUUUCGCCAGCUGAUGUGGAGAGAGAUGUGAAGUCGCUUUCGAAGGCACCUGAUGUUGCGGGCGAGUUUGAUUGGGUGAUCACCCCGGGAAAGAAUGAGUUCGGGAGCGAGAAGUGGGAGAUUGCGGAUUUCGACCCGAGAGUGAUGGUGAAGACAAACUGGGGGAUCUGGGGUAUUCGAGGGAAAAGUAGGGAUAUUAGAGAGCGGACAGGGUUCAGCUUGUUUAAGUGA